CCGUUAACAACCAACCAUUUCAGCAACUGCCGCAAUGUCGGUUUUAAAACUUUUAGGACUGCUUCUCCUGGUUCAAUUUGAACAUGUCCACACUAAAUCUCUGCAUCCAAUUUUGGUUACACGCUCAUCACUGGAUUGGAUGCCGAGUAGAGUAAAUUCUUUGUAUUCUGAUGUGGGAGCAUGGAGUGGGAAAUUUAGACCCGUUAUGGACGAAAUGGAAUCUGACGAGGCUUUAAGAUUUUAUCAAUUCUUGAACUACCUCGAUGGUGGCUCCUUUGGGACAGGACCCAUCGACGAGUUUGUCAAUGCAAUGUACAGAUUAGCAGAUCACAUGAAGCAACUGAACAGUAGAGAAACCCAGACCAGAGGAUUAAGAGAGCUAGAAGCCAUAAAUGGUGAAAAGGGCAAUAGUAUCAAAACAGUGUUGGAAAUAAGUACAGUCAUCGUGAGAAAAAAGAGGAAGUUCUUCUGCACGGGUGAAGUUAAGGAACCAAUUGUUAAUAACAAGAUCUUGUGUAAGGAUAGAAUUCUACUCCCUAUCGCUGGAACGUCUUGCAGGGAUGCUAUUAUGUAUUGGCAUCCUGACCUGACUGAAGAACAUUAUUGCGUUGGCGCCCUAGAAUCAAGAAAACCUGUUCAAGUCAUGGACAUAGAGGGUGACAUGUUCUGUAAAGGAGACGACUAUUCCAAACGAGAGUAUUUGUUGGCUUGUGAUUUUUAUGAAGAUCAAGAGGCACCAGUAGCAGAUUUGCUGCAGUACUAUCCUGAUCCUGACCCAGAAACCACUCCAAAAUUGUCAUAGCACACUUACUUACUUUAAUAAAGUCAGCAGAUUUUGAUUACAAAUUGUCGUAAAACAGAACAUAAGUUUGUAACGCUGUGUGAUAGGGUACACACGAACCUUUAAUAUACUCCCAGACACAAUUCGAGCCAUCUUGAAUUGUUGUCCUAUAUUCCACUUAGUACAACUAUAAGUUCAAUCAGUUGGACUAAUCGGACACAAAUAUUCCAAUUAGUUCAACUAGGUACAACUUUUCAAAAAGUUGUUAUUGUACGAUAGAAUUUUUUUUUCAAAUUAUUUCUGGCCAUGGAAACAAAGACCUUCAGCC